ACUAACAUUUGACCUAGCGCAGACACCAUAGCCCUUUGAAAUACGCUGACGCAAGUAGACUUCGCGCAUGCGUAAUGCCGGUCAUUUAGUCAAAUCUCGGUCCUGAUCUGGUGACGCGCACUUGUGGAGGCUUCAUGGCAAACAUGGACUUUAUGACGGAUCAUCAUGUGCAAAAGUACCUGAAGGAUGGGUACGUGGUCCUGGAGGGACUUCUGACCCCUCAAGAGUGUGAUGGACUGAAGCAGAGGAUGGCUGAGCUUGUGGAGGUUAUGGACAUCCCCGAACACUGUCGCAUCACUUUCUCCACCGACCAGGAGGAGCAGCUCAAAUCGCAGGGCAGCGCUGACUACUUCAUGACAAGCGGCGAUAAGAUCCGUUUCUUUUUUGAGAAAGGGGUUUUCGACGAAAAAGGAGAGUUUCUGGUCCCAAAAGAGCGGUCGGUGAAUAAAGUUGGACAUGCUCUGCAUGCAUAUGAACCCUUGUUUAAAAAGGUUACACAUUCACCCAAAGUUCAGGGAGUAGCAAAGAAGCUGGGGAUGGCUCAGCCUGUCGUUGUGCAGAGCAUGUACAUAUUCAAGCAACCUGGCAUUGGUGGCGAAGUGACGCCGCACCAGGACGCCACGUUCUUGUACACGGAGCCUCUGGGCCGAGUGAUGGGUCUGUGGAUCGCACUGGAGGACGCCACCAUGGAGAACGGCUGUCUGUGGUUCAUGCCUGGAUCACAAGAGAUCGGUGUUUCUCGGAGAAUGGUCCGUACUCCGAAGGGAACGUACCCGAUGACCAACUUUCUUGGGCAAGAGAAGGAAUAUGACGACGAUAAAUUUGUCCCAGUGGAAGUGAAAAAAGGCGGUGUGGUUCUGAUCCACGGUGAAGCUGUGCAUCGAAGCGCUGAAAACAAAUCAGAGAAUUCCCGCCACGUUUACACUUUUCACAUCAUGGAGUCCCAGGACACCAAGUGGAGUCCUGACAACUGGUUGCAGCCAACCGAAGAGUUACCCUUCCCUCUUCUCUACACAAAAUGAUGAACUGAGCCGAAGGACAUGGGGUUUGCUGUUGGAUCACGUGACAAUCACUUGAGACUGAAAACACUUAUUUCAAGGGUCCACAUACUGUAGAAGCUGUUUUUUCAAUCCGAUUUCAGACUUUGAAUUUUGUUACCAAACAGUUGGUCUAUGAAAACAAUUUUUUUAAACACGAAAUGAAGUAUUCAGACUCUUGUCUGAAGGUGUAUCACAUUUUUAAUCUUCCAAUUUGCACUCACCAUGCCUUUAAUAUUAUGUCUUUUCCAAGUGGAGAGAUAACAAUUGCACUGUGGUUUCAUGCCGACAAAUCAUAACAACAAAAAACAUUUUUCUGGAUAAACAUGAUUCAAGGGCUCGCAUACAUGCUGAAAUAAAGCUCCUGCAGCAGCAAAACAAUUUUAUGAACUAAAUCAUUUCAUAGCGAUGUUUUUGUUUUUCAAGAUUUUGUUGGAAACACAUUUUAUAAUAACAGGAAAUCUACAUUUAAUCAAUGGAACAAGUGGAGCAAUAAAAUACAAAUAGGAAAUACAAAUGAUGCAGCCUUAUCAAGUACUGUUGAAAUGUUGAAUUCAUAACUGUGUGUGAACGUCAUUGUAAAGUCAUUUUGGAAAAUGCAUUAAAGGUUUUUUUACCUACUGAAACUAAAGAGCUCCAUUUGUGCUUCAAACCUGUAUAGUUGAGCCAUUGGGAUCAGGAGGAGAACAGUCAACCAAUGGAGCUUGACCAUGGAAUGUGUUCGUACUGUAUGUGUCAUGUGUUCAGCAGAUAUAUUCGUAUUAUUCCUGCCCCGUCAUGCUUUCUUGGACAGAUGAAUCCUCUCUUUUUUUACAUGAUAUGUUUAUGUUAA